AUGGAGGAAAAUUUGAAGACUGCAGCUCAAAAUGGAGACAUGAACAUGCUUUACACAUUACUUGGGGAGGAUCCAUAUGUCCUGGAUCGCAUCGAUGAUAUUCCAUUUGUUGAUACACCUUUGCAUGUAGCAGCUUGUUUUGGUCAUGUUCAAGGGAGAGAGGGUAAAACUCCUCUUCAUUAUGUAGUUGAACAAGGAGAUGUUGAUCUCUUGACUGAAUUCUUAUCAGCUUGCCCUCAGAGUAUCCAAGAUGUGACCAUUCAAAAUGAGACUGCUUUGUAUAUUGCAGUGAAGAAUGACAAGGUUAAUGCUCUUGAUUUCUUACUUGGAGGACUACGCCAAGCUUGCUAUCAAGGUUCUGACAUCCAAGAGAGAAAAAUCAUAAACUGGAAGGAUGAUGAAGGGAACACUGUGCUCCAUGUUGCAACCGCUAUGAAUCAACCUAAGGCAGUGAGAUUGUUAUUAAGUAGUAAUAUUGAAGUGAAUGUUAAGAACUCAAUGGGUUUGACUGCUUUAGAUAUCUCAGAUCCUAAUAACGGACAAGUUAGGGAAACUUAG